AUGACACCUUACGAGGCUCUGUAUAGUCGUAAGUGUUGUACUUCGUUCUGUUGGAUUGAGUUGGGCAAGCGACGGGUUUUGGGUCCUAAGUUGGUUUCUGAGAUUAAAGAUAAAGUUACACUGAUUUGGGACCAUCUUAAGGCGGUUUCAAAUAGACAGAAAUCAUAUACAGAUCUAAAAAGGAGGGACAUCAAGUAUUCUGUGGGUGAUUAUGUGUUUCUUAAGUUAGAGUUACCUUCAGAGUUGAACCGCAUUCAUGAUGUGUUUUAUGUCUCCAUGUUGAGGCGGUAUCGGUCUGCCUCGUCUCAUAUUGUUUCUAUUGAGGAGAUUAAGGUUAAAUCAAAUUUGAUGUUUGAGGAGGAGUCAGUUCAUAUUCUAGAUCAAAAUGUAAAGGUCUUGAAGAGAAAAUCUAUUCCAUUAAUUAAGGUUCUAUGGUGGAAUCAUGACAUUGAGGAAGCCACAUGA